UGAUCACAAAUUCACUAUUGUUCUUAAGAGGAUCGUAUAUAUCGACGCAAUAAAAUUACUUUGCAGAAAAUUUACAUACUUAAUAUUUAAAAUGUGGCCAUUGGAAGCUCCAAGCAUCUACAGCUUCAUAUUAGACAAUAGUAUUUUGGUAAAGGAAAUAUAUGAAGCCAUGAGAAGCUCUGACAUAUCAGAUCCAAUCAUGACACUGAUAACCCAUCCACAUUUUGUUGUUCCAUCUUUUAAGAGAGAGAUUAAGAAUGAUUCUACUUCCAAUGAAUACAGAAAUGAAGGUAAUAGUGCUUAUAAAAACAAAAUGUAUGAGGUGGCAUUAAAGUGUUACAAUACAGCUCUUGCAUAUGCACCAAAUAUGUCCAUUGCAAUGAAACUUGCAUAUAGUAAUCGGUCCGCAGUACUAUUCACAUUGCAGUGCUACAGAGCUUGUCUCAAAGACAUCAAUACUUGUAUAACUAUGGGAUGUCCUGAUGACAUAUUGGAAAAAUUAUAUAAACGCAGAGAACAAGCUGAAAACUCUCUGUGGACAGAAAGUACACAAAUAAAGUAUAGUGGUGAAAUUUUUUUUAAAAUACCUAAACGCCAUCCGGAUAUACCAUGCGCGAGCGCAGAAAUAGAUAUUAUUAUGGAUACCAACGGUCCUAAAAUAGUGGCCAAGACAGACAUUAAAGUUGGGACUGUGUUGGCUUUAGAGAAAGUAUUUGCCGGCUUUGUAGACCUAAUUCAAAAUUCAGAUGCAACUUGGAUAUCUUGCUACCACUGCUGUAAACUUUCUUUCAAUUUAUUCCCUUGUGAAGGCUGUUGCAAAGCACUAUUCUGCAGCAAACAGUGUAAAGACAAUUGCAUGAAAGAAUAUCAUAAUAUUGAAUGUCAGAUCUUAGAGUUAGCGAACUGGCCAAUUACUCAAAUGGUACUCAAAGCUGCAAUAAAAAUGAGAAACAUGUGCAAAUCGUGGGAUGAAAUGAUCGAACUGUCAAAGAAAUAUGUUAAUAAUAAGCAAAAAAUAAACCAAAUAAAAGAUAUAUAUGAUUCAAGAAACUGUACUUCCCUUCUAACAUUCAACCAUAAUGUGCACUUUAUGCAUGGUAUGUUUUUUAAUACAACAAUAAUUUGGUCACAUUACAUUUCCAUAAUUGACUCUUCUGGAUGUUUUUUCCCAGUAAGAAUUCAGGACAAAAGGUAUGCAAUUCGUGCUUUUGCAAGAAUACUGAUGCACCUAACAAUAUUUGCACACCCAAUGCUUUUAGCUACAAAUAAUUGUCUAAAAACUAAGCCACAGAUAAUUACAUUGUGGGUGACGCCAAGACUUGGACUCUUUCCAUUCAUUGGAAAAUUAAAACGGUCCUGUAUACCAAAUACAUACAGCACAGUAAUCAAUAAUAAUACUACGGCUUUGGUAGCGACACAAAUUAUAAGAGCAGGAACUGAAUUGUCUGUCAGCCCCAUAAAGAUGGCGAAUGUCGUAUUUCACUAUUUCCCCGCGAAAGCAUUGGGCGAGAGUAUUCGAAUGCUACUAGCAUUUGGUGGGCAGGAGUUCGAAGAUGACCGGAUUCCCAUGGAUAAAUGGCCGGAAUAUAAGCCAAAGACACCAUUUGGACAAAUGCCGGUAUUGGAGAUGAAUGGCAAGGAAUAUACGCAGAGUAUCGCCAUUUCAAGGUACUUAGGCCGGUUGUACGGACUCGCCGGCGCUGAUGUAGAAGAGGAUUUUCUCAUCGAUCAAAACGUGGACUUCCUCAACGAUAUCCGAGCAAAGGGUGUGGCCGUGCACUAUGAAAAAGAUCCUGAAGUCAAAGCAAAGAAGCAUGAGGAUUUUGCAAAUAAUAUAUAUCCAUUCCUCCUGGAUAAAUUGGACGAAAUCAUCAAGAAAAACAACGGACAUAUCGCCGCUGGGAAGCUUACAUGGGGCGACUUCUACUUCGCGGGAUUGUAUGACUACUUGAAGGUCAUACUGCAAGCACCAGAUUUGGAUGCGGCAUAUCCGAGCUUCAAAGAACUCCAGGACACAGUUACAUCAUUGCCCAAAGUGAAAGAUUUCGUAGCAUCUGCACCUCAUACUAACUUGUAAAAUUGGCGCGAAACCUUUUCCUUUCAUCAUCGUCAUCACCAUUUCCGCCCGGAAGACGACCACUGCUGAUCAAAGGUCACCCCUAAAGAUCUCCACGACGAUCGGUCCUGCGCUGUCCGCAUCGAACGGCUUCCAGCUAUCUUGACCAGAUUGUCUACCAUG